AGAUAUCGUACGUACCCAAAAAACAGUUUGACCAGGUAUGAAAAUAAAUCUAUGGGGUUUAUAAAUACUUACCGAAACUCCAAGUCUCAUCAAUUAAAACAGAGCUACCACCUCUGCCCAGAACCAAUGGCCUUACAAAACCUAAUCUUUCUCUUCUUUUCUCUUCUCAUCGCGCAGUUUCCUUCUUCCACAGCUCAAAAUGUGGUUAAAGCCACUUACUGGUUCCCUGAUAGUGGAAUCUCAGCCUCUGACAUCAACUCUUCUCUGUUCACUCACAUCUUCUGCGCUUUCGCCGAUCUCAACCCUCAAACGAAUGAGGUCACCAUCUCCAGCAACAACCAAAAUUCUUUCUCCACCUUCACCAGCACAGUUCAACAAAAGAGCCCAUCAAUCAAGACACUCUUAUCAAUCGGUGGCGGAAACUCAAACGCCAGCGAUUUUGCUGCCAUGGCAAGCCAAGCUUCUUCACGGAAGACCUUCAUCGAUUCCUCCAUUAGUAUCGCCAGAUCCUAUGGAUUCUAUGGCCUCGACCUCGAUUGGGAAUCGCCUCGAAACGAUUUAGAGAUGUCUAACAUGGGCUUGCUCUUAGAUGAGUGGAGAACCGCCGUGAACAACGAGUCGAGUGACUCGCCCCUACUGUUGACCGCUGCGGUUUACUACUCCUCGGUCCUGGACUCAGUGAGUUUCCCAGUUGACUCAAUCGGAAAUGACUUGGAUUGGAUCAACAUUAUGGCUUACGAUUAUUACAUGCCAUCUUGGUCAAACCUGACCGGUGCUCACGCGCUUCUAUACGACCAGCCGGACCGAGUCAGCACAAGUUCGGGGGUUGAUUCCUGGACCGGGGCUGGUUUGUCAACAGCGCAGAUGGUCUUGGGAAUGCCUUACUAUGGCUAUGCAUGGAAACUGGUUGACCUGGCGAACCAUGGUAUAGGUGCACCGGCAACCGGACCGGCGCUUUCUGAAUCCGGUGCUGUGCGUUAUGUGGACAUCAAGACAUUCAUUCAGAAUAAUGGAGCCACGUCAGUGUACAACGCGACCGUUGUAGCCAAUUACUGCUAUUCUGGAACCACGUGGAUUGGUUUUGAUGACGUGGAGUCAAUUAGGGCAAAGGUUUCAUAUGCUAAGGAGAAAGGACUGUUAGGGUAUUUCACUUGGCAUGUUGCCAAUGACGACAAUUGGGUACUUUCUGAAGAAGCUUAUUCAGGGUGGACCUAACUCCUAAGCUUCCCAAGUAUCUGAAUGUUCAACUAAA